AUGGCGGCAGCGAAAGGAGGCGAAUUUUGGAAAAGCGGAGGAGAUUUGGAUGAAGAGAAUCUAGUCUUCGAAACGACCAAAGGGAUCAAACCCAUCACGAGCUUCGAUGACAUGGGGAUGGAUGAUAAAGUUCUUCGCGGCGUCUACGACUACGGUUUCAAAAAACCAUCUGAGAUUCAGCAGAGAGCUGUGAUGCCGAUUCUCAACGGACGAGACGUUAUCGCUCAGGCUCAGUCCGGUACCGGUAAAACUUCCAUGAUUGCAAUCUCCGUCUGCCAAAUCGUCAACACUUCCUCCAGAAAGAUUCAAGUCUUGGUCUUGUCUCCAUCGAGAGAACUGGCUACACAAACAGAGAAGACGAUACAAGCCAUUGGAGUACACACCAACAUUCAGGCACAUGCUUGCAUCGGUGGUAAAAGCAUCGGAGAAGACAUCAAGAAGCUGGAGCGUGGCGUCCACGCUGUGUCCGGGACACCUGGUCGAGUCUACGAUAUGAUAAAGAGAGGAAGCUUACAAACCAAAGCUGUGAAACUUUUGAUUCUCGAUGAAUCAGAUGAAAUGCUUAGCAAAGGUUUGAAAGACCAGAUCUACGACGUUUACAGAUCUCUUCCACACGAUAUUCAGGUUUGCUUGAUUUCUGCUACACUUCCUCAAGAGAUUCUGGAGAUGACAAAGAAGUUUAUGACAGACCCUGUGAUGAUACUUGUAAAGCGUGACGAGUUGACUCUUGAAGGAAUUAAACAAUAUUAUGUUGAUGUUGGGGAAGAAGAGUGGAAGUUUGAUACACUUUGUGAUCUUUAUGGGAGGCUUAUUAUUAACCAAGCUAUUAUCUUCUGCAACACAAGACAAAAGGUGGAUUGGCUUACUGAGAAGAUGAAGAGUAGUAAUUUCAUAGUCUCGUCAAUGCAUGGAGACAAGCGUCAAAAGGAGAGAGACGAAAUCAUGAACCAGUUCCGGUCGUUUAAAACCCGUGUUUUAAUCGCCUCUGAUGUAUGGGCACGAGGCAUCGAUGUGCAAACCGUUUCUCAUGUGAUCAAUUAUGAUGUACCAACCAACCCGGAGCUCUACAUUCAUCGUAUUGGAAGAGCUGGUCGUUUUGGUCGUGAGGGUGUUGCGAUUAACUUUGUGAAAAGUUCUGACAUGAAGACUUUGAAAGACAUUGAGCGGUAUUACGGUACUCGAAUCCGUGAGAUGCCGGCUGAUCUUGCCUGA